AGACGCAGUCAAUUACGCAUGCGCAUGAUGGCAGUCAAAAUUGUACACACAAACGACAUAUUUUGAACCCGAGCUCAUGAAAAUCACUCUUUGAUGUACUGAUUGAGGGCAGAAUUCGAUUAAAAAUUAUACAGUUUUGAAAGAUUCCCCAGUACCGGAGGAAUUUAUCUUACACGUACAUGCGGAUACACACUGUCGACAUUCAACCAAAAUAAAAGGAACUCUGGACGUAUGAUGAUGUCAAGUAUUUUUUAAAUAGAUGGCCCUUGUAUCAUCGAUAACUGCCACGAUGAAGGAUAAGAAGAACCCUAAACCUCCAAAGCACUGGACCCAGAACAUCCAGGAAUGUACAUUACGACGGGCCCCCGACGGCGGAACACACUUUGCGCUGGGUGGAGGAGCGGAGUACGGACAGUUUCCUCACGUCCUUGAUAUUCGCACGGACAAGAUUUUGCUGGAGUCCGGCAAGCUUCAUAUUGAUGAUAUACUUUUAGAGCUGAAUGGCUAUAAACUAGCAGGAUACACUCUUUGGGAUUUAAAAUCACUGAUCAAUCAUGUUGGCUCUGAAGCACUUCGAUUCAAAACACUGAAGGCUGGUCAAAAUCUUCCUAAUGAUUUGCGUAGGUACCUGAGCAUGCGUAUGCCAAAGGGCUCACCGGACCACGAUCUCCAGCAGACGAUCAGGGAAAACCUUUAUGUUCGCACAGUGCCUUGUACUACCAGACCUCCAAGAGAAGGAGAGGUGAACGGUGUUGACUAUAAGUUCCUUUCUGUUGAUGAGUUCCUGGCCCUGGAGAAGAGUGGCCACCUACUGGAAAGUGGUCUUUUUGAAGGUAACCAUUACGGGACACCGAAGCCUCCCCGGGAUCCGCCCCCUGAUACCCCAGCCUCUACCCCAUCAGAACCUGAACCCCAGCCACAGCAGAACAACUCCUCUAGUAACACAACGGAUCAGGAAUCUACCAAGAGGCAUAUCAGACCAGGUUCAAAGCCAUCCGCCCCUGGUAAGCGUCAGCGAAACAAGUCAACGAUAGAAGCUACCACCCUCAACCCCAAGCCUGUGGAUUCACAGGAGGAGAAGAACCUUGAGACGGUCAGGAAACUUGAAGAGGACCUCGGACCUCUCCCGCCAGACUGGGAGAUUGCCUUCACAGAGACGGGAGACAUGUACUACAUAGAUCACAGAGAUGAAAGGACCCAAUGGCUAGAUCCCAGACUUGAGAAGAAGAAGAAACAUGCAGCCGCAGACCCAUCGAAAGAAGAGCUUCCAAACGGAUGGGAAAAGAUUGAUGAUCCGCAGUAUGGCACAUAUUACAUUGACCACAUCAAUCGCAAGACACAGUUUGACAGCCCCUUGAAGAACGGCGACAAGACCAACUCACCAAGGUCUGCUCCGAACAGUAGCUACAACAGUCUGACCAGGAACAGACAAGCAGAUAGUCCAAGAACUCCCCACAGGACCUCAAAUGAACCUGACGUGACCAAACAGAACAAAACCAAUGGAUCCAUAGGACCGGAUGAACUUGAGAAUGACAUGUACAAGUUUACCAACGACCCCAGCAAGUUGAUUGGACAGCGCUACACUACGUACCUCGUGAAAGGGAACCAAGGCUUCGGCUUCACCAUCAUAGGGGGAGACGAUCCCAAUGAAUUCCUUCAGAUCAGAAACAUACUCCCAACAGGGCCGGCUCACGAUGAUGGGGUCUUGCAGACAGGUGAUGUGUUGGUAGCUGUCAACAAGAAAUUGGUUCUUGGAUGCACCCACCAAGACGUCGUUACAAUCUUCCAAGGUAUCAAACCAAAUGAUAGGGUAGAACUGGAAGUGUGUAGAGGAUACCCUUUACCCUUUGACCCUGCCGAUCCUAAAGCUCAUAUAGUAACCUCAUAUGCCAUUGACCCCAACAAAGUAUCCAAUCAGAAUGGCCUUGGGAACAAAUCCAAAUCGCUCGGUAACAUCCGCAACCAGAACAUUCCACCCGACUACAUUCCGAACAACUUGGGACCAACUGGAGACGAUGCGGUAUCAAGGAGCAGCCACAACAGCAGGGAGUAUCCCUACACUCCGCCCACCCAGAGGCGGAGUCACGGACCCUCCGCCAGAAGAGACACCAACCUCAAUCGAAUGCCUCAUGUCAAGUCUCUUCCAGAUCUCUCUCACAAGCAGCAGCAGGGUGGAGAGGCGAACACCCAGAGAGCAAAGACGCCCACCCCGUCACUCAGCAGCCAUCCGGGAUACAUGCCAGGGUCACCCAUGAUCAGUGACAGGACCAGUUUAUCCAGCGAUGGAGGGCCGGCAGAGAAACAUGACAUAGUGUUUGUCAAGAGCAACCAAGGAUUUGGUUUCACCGUUGCUGACAGUCCUCAUGGACAAAAGGUAAAGCAGAUCCUGGCUCCUCAAAGAUGCAAGACUCUGAGAGAGGGUGAUCUCCUGGUAGCCAUCAACCGAGAGUCCAUCACAGACCUUCCGCAUAACCAAGUAGUUCAGAAACUCAAAGACUGCCCUCAGGGUCAGGAUACUGUCAUUACUGUGCAGAGGGGAGGUCUGCUGAAGCCAGUCCGGGGGCUCAACAAGCUCAACAAAAACAGUCCAAAAGUGACAUUGUCCCCAGAGGAGAAGAAAGUAGAUGAGGAGAGAUUCGGUGACUUGAAUGGCAGCAGGCAAGAUGAUGCAGAAGAAGACAGAGCAAGUGUAGAUUCAGAUCAAAAGAGAAAAACUGAUAUUCUUGUGGACGAAAUGAAGAAUAAACUGAAGAAAAAACCUCCCGCUGAUGUCCAUGAUAGACAUGAGAGAAAGCCUGUGAAUGGGGACAGUGACAGAUUACAUAACAAUUUAGAUGCGGACAGUGGGUCAGACCGACACAGUGAUCACGAUCGAUCACAUCAUGACCGGGAAGUAGAGAACUAUAACAGCAAUAAAGACAGGUACAGGGGGCGAGACUGGCACGAUCCCAAGCGAGGUCCGCAUCGGACAGCGGACCGCCCUCACAGCCGAGCGGAGCUUGACAGGCGGUCGGGUGAUAGGCUUCAUUCAGAGCACAUCCCCAGGCCGCAGAGCAGUCGACCUGAUCAAGGAGGGAGGUAUAUGAAUGGAGACUGGAGUGGGUCGUUGGAUCGCAGGAGACCUCCUGAACACAGGAGGGGUGUGGAGCCCUCACAUAUGGAGUAUGACAGGAGAGGGAGGCCAAGUGAAUCUGGGUAUAGCAGGGAUCCAAGUCGGGAUCCAAGCAGGGAGCCAUCAGAGACAGACUGGAGCCCUGAUAUGAGGAGACACGGACGGGAUAGACAUAGAAGACCUCCGGAUGAUAGGAGAAGACCUGAGAACGAAAGGAGGAGUUCAUCACGUCCCAGGCAUCCGUCAUCUGGAAGCGACCGAGACGACAAAACCAUUGAAUCUACUGUGUUCCUCAAGACGAGAGACGACGCUGGCUUUGGCUUCAGAAUCAUCGGUGGCCAUGAAGAAGGAUCUCAGGUGUCCAUAGGAGCCAUCACUCCUGGUGGAGUUGCGGCCCAAGAUGGCCGGUUACAGACGGGCGAUGAACUGCUCUAUGUGGACGGUCAGACAGUGGUCGGGUCAUCUCACAAGAGAGUGGUCACCUUGAUGAUCUCGGCUGGUCGAGCUGGAAGAGUUUCUCUGGGGAUAAGGAGGAGAGUGGGAGGUCUGAAUCAGCCGAGUGGAGUAGCUGGAUCCCGCCCUGCCUCCCGUCCCCUCAGUCCUGCUUCCCCGGCCAACAGGAGAUAUCCUUACGAGGUCAAGCUUCAUCGACGAGAGAAUGAGAGCUUUGGACUGGUGGUGCUAUCCUCUACUCUCAAGACUGGAUCCAAUAUUGGCCGUAUCAUUGAGGGCAGUCCGGCAGACAGGUGUCGUGACCUGGAGGUCGGCGAUCGUAUCGUCUCUAUCAAUGGAAUAGACAUCCGGAGUAUGCCUCACAAAGACAUCGUCAACAUGAUCAAAGAUACAGGCACCACUGUUACACUAACCAUCGGGUCUAGAGGUGGAGAGGAUCCUCUGAACAGAAAUCAACCUCCUAAGAACGUUGGUCAUAUGGUGAACGCUCUUGCCAUGCCUGCACAGAUCAAAGGUAGUGACGGGAGUAUGAGGGCUCCCCAACCGAUGACCAAUCAUAUUCAACCUUCUCAUCCGGCUGAUAACAAGCCAACAGAACCCAUCUACGCCAAGUCCUCCAAGUGGAAGCCAGAACCCGAAAGAAUACGCAACCAGCCCACCAGACCCCCGUCAGCCCCUCCCCAGAGCAUGACGUACCACGAUGGCCCGCCACGCCCAAGCUCCCCGCCCAUGGGCAAACCCAUGAGGGGAAUCCCCAGGCAACAGCAGCAGCAGCCGAUGCCACCCAACAACCAAGAUGCUGGAUGGGGUGGUCCACAGCAUCCCAAGUCUCCCCAUGCAGGGCGUAGGAGCUAUGAGCCUCAGCGAACCCAUCCAAUGUCUCCCCCGCAAGAGAGAAGGUACAGAGGCCCGCCGGCCAGUAAUCCCGUUUCGCCAAGGAUGGAUCGAAGAGGGUAUAGAGAACCAGGGAGACCAGCUCCACCGCAGGGAAAGCAACUCAUGUAUCCACCAAAGCGCAAUGAACUGCAGCCAGGUGACUAUUACAAUGUGGACCUGAAGAAAGGAUCUACCGGCUUUGGCUUCAGCAUCCGAGGUGGGAGGGAGUACGACAACACACCUCUCUUUGUACUCAGGAUGGCCGAUGACGGCCCUGCAGCGCAAAGCAUUCUCAUGAGGGUUGGUGAUGAGCUUAUAGAGAUCAACGGUCAAAGCACAGAAGGUAUGCUUCAUAGUGAGGCUAUAAAUGCUAUCCGUAAUGGUGGAGAUUCUAUUACUUUGGUGCUACGAAGAUCUUACAAGUCUGCUACCAUGGGCUAUCGUUAUGCUGAUCGCUACAGCACUUAUCACCCCAGGCACAUGACACAGACCCCACCCCCAAUGUUUAGGAAUGCAUCAAUGGCAGUCUCCAAUUCAUCACUACAGAGUGAUGAGAUGCAGCGUGAUGAUGGAAUGGGUCGAGGAGGAGGAGGGGCUGGAAGAGGAGGACGAGGAGGGGGUCGAGGACGAGGCAAAGACCACUUCGAUUACUCCUGGAAUUACCGUAGUUUGCCAAGAGGCUUGAAAUAUUAGAGUCCGUUUGUUUAUGUUCUUGGAUUUCUCCCCACAUUCUACAUGAUAUGACUUGGCUAUUCUGUUCUACUUAUUUAUUCAUUUAUUUACCAUUAGAUGGAAACUGAUUCUUUUUUUUUGUACUGUAGAGCAUGGAGGAUACCAUACCAAACAGUUUUUAGAUUUAUUUUUGUAUUCGAUGCUGAUGCUUUUUUUAACGAUAACUUGAUCCAUGUUGAUAACACUAUCUUACAUUCUUUCUAAAGCAUGCUGGAUUCAUGCUUUUUUCUUUUUUAAAAUAUCAUUAAUGUGUGGUUCAGGAUCACUUACAAUGUUAACUCAUCAGUCUUUAAUGUAUCCAUUAAUGUGUCCAUGUAUGCAUUAAAGUUAUCAAAGUAUUGCAAAUGUUCAUUCAUGAAAUUGGUAUCAAACUAUGUCAUUUUCACUGAAGCCUUAUAUGUUUUUAGAUUAAUUUUAAAACAGAAUCAUUCCUUGAUAUUAUCAAGACGGAAAAAAAUAGAUUAUAUCAACAUGAGCUUCAUUAUCAACUAUGAAAUGAGUAUGAAAUUAUUAUUUUUUAAUUAUAUAGAAGUACCUUUUUCAGUAGAACAUGAAGAUUAAUGAAAAAUUAUGUGCUCUGGUUCUUAAUUAGUUUGACAAUGUUAUGUGAUCUCUUUUGUUUUAUCUCAGAUUUUUUUUUUAUUCUAUUCGGUCUGAUCACUGUAGAUUCCAAACGUUACCAUGGAUAAUCAUUAUUCACACAUUUUGAUUAGGUUAGAAAUACCUCUUUUCAUUCCUGUUUUUUUUUUAUAUUAAAAAUUUUGAUUAAUUUUCAUGGGCUAUUUUACAUUGUGUGCUUUAGGU